CAUCUAAUUAUGACAAAAUUUUAAAAAAUUUAAAUCAUAACCGAUCUUAGUAAUAUAGUAAUAUGUUUGUGUUUGUGCAUUUAUAAAUGCUUUUAUCAAAUUCCACAAUUGCAGCGCUGUUAUUCCUUCUCACUAACCAGCUGAUUUUUGCAUGCUUAUUUCUUUUGCUUUUGUUACAAAUGUUCUUUGAAUAUAUAGUAAAAAAUGUUAAAAUAUUGUUUUUCUCAAUUUGUUAAACAAUCCAUCAAAAAUUUUGAUAAUUCGCAUACAUAUUUAUUCAGUAUUUCAAGAAGUACCAACAGCAAUGUCGAUCCUCUACUACCACAAUCUCUCGAGACCAACAAUCAGAAAACCGGCAAAAAUCCUCUUCAAAACUAUACUGCAGAGCAGCAGGACAAAAUACUUACAAUAGUGAAUAAAGAUGACGAGCUUUUAAAUUAUGAUAUAGCUAAAACACGGGCAGUAAAAUUAAUGGCAUGGAUAAAGCGUAAUGGACCGCUAAGGAGUUUAGAAGACAUACUUUUAAUAGAGGGGUUUAGCUUGAGGAUUGCCGACAAAUUCUACAAAAGUAUGCUUGGGCAUGUUGAUGAAACUAAAGGGACGCAUUCUGCACGACGCCGUACUUCUAGUUUCAUCACUCCAACUAUAGAUGCUGAACAUCGUGCGGAAUUACGUUCCUGCGUUUCUUUACGUAUUGGCGUUUGCAGCGUUACUUGGGCACGUUUGGAACUUCCGGAUUCCGAAAGUAUAAAUGCACCAUGUAAUUUGACACAUUGGCAACACCACGACGUAACAGAGAAAAAACUCCAUUUAGGUGAUUUAGUACAUCGACUAUUAUAUAUAGAUCAUCUUGUACCAAACGCCGAUUGCUAUAUUUUCGAAAAUCCUCAAACGGCAAUCAAUAGCAAUCCAGGAAGUGUGAAUCAACAAAAUAUAAGCAUACAAAAAUCACAAGUUACAGCUGUGCUAGCAUAUGCUUUAUGCGCACGCCGCAGAUAUGCUGAAGCACUGAAAAAUGGACAUGAAAGCUUAGCUGAUGUCAACAAAACGACAGAAGAAAUAUGGCCAAAUGUUUUCUAUCUGCGACGCUUUUUAACAGCACGAUUAUUUAGCCAAUUGGUGGGCACAGAACGUGUAUCUUCCGAGGAAACUAUACUUCAGCUUAUGCGGACUCAUUACAAUGUGUCGCAAUUAAUAUUUGAUGAUGAGAGUGAAACCGGACAAAAUGAGAAAGCAAAGGAUAUUUCAUUUCGUCACAAUGUACAAUUUUCGCCAGCACAUCGUGAGAUGUUUUCCCGAGCAGAGCGUUAUCAACGUGAAUUUUUGGGUCAAGCGCUGUUACUUAACUUGGCAUUUAUGCGUUUGGUAGUUUUGCAAGAUGCGGAUAGUAUUGCAGUUGUGACGCGCAAUCCUAAAAAAACAGAAUCAGAGCAGUUAAGCUGUUGAGUCGCUAUAAUUAUAUUCUUCCUUCUAAUGUAAUUGUAAAUUUGCACAAAAAACUUAACAAAAAAGCUUAAUAUUUUAAAUAUAAAUGUUUAAUUAAAAUUUGUUAAA